UGGUUAGACCAAACAUGACUCGAGAUUUAGAUUCACUUAUGGUUGCCCAUUUUAAUGUGAUCGGAUCGGUUAUUCUUGAGUUCGGAUCGGAUCCGGAUUUGGUUAGAUCCGUUCUGGAUGGCGGUCUUUUAAGCGUUCGCUCUCCCCCCCCGCCCUCUUAAUUGCCCCCAAAUCUCCUCCGCUUCCCACUCCCUCUCGAUUCCAAAACCCUCGCUGGCCUCUUCUACAGAUGGAUCGAUCGAUCAUGCGAUGAAGAAGGAAGAGGUACGGCAAGGCCUAUCCCGCCAGAGAGAAUGCGUGUUCAGGGUGAUCUGCGAGGCUGCAGAUCGAGAUCCAGCACUGUCGGAGCCAACCGAACGUCUUCCGUUUCUUGGCUUGGUUCCAUGAUGAGACCGGCGUCUACUUGGACCUCGAGUUCGCGGUUCAGGAUCAUGAAAGUUGACAUAGCGUUCCCUUCCACUCUCUGUCUGAUGAAGCUAGUGAUGUUAUCGGCAACGACAUUUUGGCAGAAUAUGGGGUUGGCAAAUAACAUAGCACAUGCCUACAUCUGCUGGCAAUGGUUUGGUCGGGUGGAACAGCAAGGAGAUGCAGUAAGCUUCAUCCGAGUAGUUAAAGCAGCACAACUCCUCGAGGAUGCUGAGGCAAUGCGAGAGUAGGCCAUAUAUCCUGAUGACUGCAGCUGCAAAGCAUCCAACACAAGCAAUUCUGGAGGUUGGAGUAAAGUCUCUUGUUCUUGUUGAUUCCAAUGUUGAUACAAGUGUACUGAUCAUUCUUAAAGAUUGCAGCACGCAAACAGAAGGGAUGUGACAUUGGACGAGCUUGUAUUUCACCGGAUUAUAUUAUUACAACAACAUUAUUUGCUCCAAAAUUGCUAAGUGGGUAGCCAUUUCAUCCUGCUUAUCUAUUGCUCGAUUAGUGACCAUGAUAAUUGCAGGUGGAUGCUCUAAGAUCAACUUUAGAGAAAUUAUACAGGAAGAAUGCGUCGGAAUCAGCAGAUCUAUCUCGCACUGUGAACUCCAACCAUUUCUCGAGCUCGAUGAGUCUUUUGGAUGGUGAAAAGGUUUCUGGCACGAUUGUCUACGCGGGACACCGGAAUGAAGAUUGCCGGUACGCAUCACACGCAAUACCAUUUUCAAUGAGAUGGUUCAAGUUAUAUGUUUGUAACAUCAUCCCAAUGUGAUUGCAGAAGAAUAGCUCCUCUUAUUAGA